AUUAAUUAGAUUACUAAAAUACUAUUUUUGUUCUGUUUAGAACUCCAUUUAAGAUAUUGGAGCGGUGGCGUUUAUAUACUUUCAGAUGAUUAUGUAAUGCUUCUAAUUAGGCCUACUUCUAAUAAAUGAAAAACAACCUUAAAUAGAUAAAAUUGCAUGAUAAGCCAAAAUAACUACAUUUUAAACCUAAAACCAAAAGGGAAGCGGGAAAAGAAAACAUUGACUGAUACAUACGUCACCAGAUUAGCACGUGUGAAGCUCGUAUUGGAUGGUUACGGAAAUAAUUAUCAGAGGCAGACUAUAAACAAUCUGAAGGAGGUAACGUAACGUAGUGAAGGCGAGCUUAUAAGUUGAGUCCUUUUCUCCUUCUUCUUCUUUCUCGUCGUCACUCUCCUACUUACCCGCUUCUUCUCCUCAGCUCGGAAGUUUGUUACCGACGGCGAUUCAUCGAACCAGAGUCUCGUCGGUUUUCUCGAACUGGAAUCAAUGAAGAUAUUUGUCAAAACGCUGAAGGGGGAUCGCUUCGAGAUCCAAGUCAACCUCGAGGAUUCGGUUGCUGAUGUGAAGAAGAACAUAGAAACCGUGAUGCGAGUUACUGCUGCAGAACAAAUGCUUAUUCAUAAAGGGAAAGUGCUUAAAGAUGAAACAACGAUGGAGGCUAACGAAGUUUCCGAGAAAAGCAUUAUUGCCGUUAUGAAGAGAAAACAUGCAUCUACCGUAACGUCUACCUCAUCUGCUAGCCUUAAACCUCAGGCUCAUGCAGCGCCUCCUCAUGCUGCUGCAUCAAAUGUGAACUAUAAAAGUAUUUCAGAGAGUGACAUUCAGCAGAUUCUUGAGACGGUCAGUGGAACCUGGAGCCGUGAAGCGGUUGCCUAUGCACUCUACUUUGCAUCUAAUGACCUUGAUAAAGCUGUGGAAUAUCUUUACUUUGGGUUGCCGGAGCAGAGUGAAGAUCCUUACAAAACGGAGGGCACACAGGAGCAUACUCAAGAACCUGAAGCUCCUCAAGAUGCAGUCCAAGAAUGGUCACUUGAUAUCUUGCGUAACACUCCAGAGUUUGAGUAUGUACGACCUCUGGUGCAAUCAGACCCUAGUCUCCUACAGGAAAUUCUGGAAGUGAUAGAGGAACACAAUCCGCAGUUGGUUCAGUUUAUUCUUGACAACAAAGCAGACUUCACACGCUUAGUACUGGAGCAGCCUCAGGAACACCAAGACAACGACGUCUUACACUUUCAAAGCAACGAACCAAACAACGGAGGAGAAAGUGGAAACCAAGUGGGAAAGUCUGAAGAAACCGAAGUUGAGCAGCCUCAAGCAGACCAAACCAACAAACCAAACAACGGAGAUGGUGACAACCAAGUGGGAGGAGAGUCUGAGGAAACCGAAGUUGAAACGACAAAAGAUGCAGAAGCGAAAACCCGUGUUGAAGCAGAGAUUGAAUGCCUUGAGAAACAAUUUAGUGAGAUCUAAGUGAUUUUUUUAUUUUGAUGUUGCAAAAGUAAACUUGGAAUAUUUUUCCAGAUAAUCACAAAUUCAGGCGUAAGUGAUUUGUUAUUUUUUUUGUUUAAAUAAAGAUGAACUAUAUACGU